AAAGCCUGCAACAUUUUUAUUAAUUCUAUCAUGUUUUGCCAAGCGUCACCACCGCCAUUGUUUCACCACCACUUACCACCGUUUCCCACUCACUAAUUUGCCAUCCACCGUAAAGGCAAUUCAAACCACCACCAUACGGUAUUCACAAGAUGAUGAAUCUUCUCCAUAUACCAUACCAUACCCACCACACUUGUGAAUAAGAUGAUGAAUCAGUUGGAUAAAAUAUUGAAUUCACAAAAGGGAAUUAUUUCAAGUAUCAAUUACAGAUACGAUGAAAUGAGGAAGGUAAUUCCUCAGGAUUUUGAUAAGUGGAGAAGGAUUCUUCCAGGGCUUAUGGACAUUUGGUCUACUGAGGAUAUUCGGUAUAUAAAAUUGAAUAAAGAUUAUAAAAUGUUGAAGGAAGCAAUAUGCAAGGAUGAACUAAUAAUUAAGAUAGAUGAACUCAUGAAGAACCACCGGAAAAUACGGGAAUUACGUCUGAGGGAGAGGGAGUAUGUUACACUCAUAUUAGCAGGUUAAAGUAAUUAAUUAUAA